GGGGUCCCACAGCACCUGGCCGUCCACCCUGCAGAAGCAUGGCUCUCGCUGGCACCCUUCGCCUGUUGCUCACCUGCCUCCUGCUCUGCAGCGCUGCCCCAAAACCCACGUGCGACCCCAGCGCCUGCACCCCAUGCCCCGAGAGGGACGUGGAGAGGCUGACCAUGGCCACUGAGGGCUGCUGCCCACCCUGUCCCCCACCCUGCGCCUGCCCCCCCUACCUGGAGAGCGACUGUGAGAUGCAAGGCUUCGCCAGUGGUCACGUCCCUGCCGGCCGCUCCUUCUACAUCGACUUUGCCCGCAAGCUGUGUACCUGCCACCCUGGUGGGGACAUCACCUGUGCCCCGCUGUGCCCCCGCCUGCCCCCCACCUGCCAGGCUGUGGGCAGCCCUGUGGCCGACGGCUGCCCCCGCUGCAUCUGCUACGACGAGGAGGAGAUGGCAGUGCCUGCUGGCACCAUCACCACCCACGGUGACCGGAUUUGCACCUGUCCCCCCCAGGGGGGCCAGCUGCAGUGCAGCGGUGGUAAGAGCAAGGAGUGAACCUCUUCUCUCCACCAGCUUGAGGGCAGAGCGACAGGAGAGCCUCUCUGGCAGCAGAAGGCUUUCUGCACUGUGAGGCAUCCUCGCUGAAAAGCAUUAAAUACUUUAAACUGUCCUAGAGGACUUGGCAAAUAUGGCCAUGCCACAGAGCGCUGAAGAGAUGACCCAUUGUAUGUCAUUUAUAUGCCAGGGCAAAACAUCUAUAGUGGGUGAGCUUUCUUUGUUGUAAGGUUUGUUCCAUGACAAGUGGGCUAUGAGAGGUUAGAUUGCUGCUAGCAUCUAACUGAAACAAUGCAGUUAUUUAUUUAUUUGUAAGAUGAUUGGGCUUUUUGUACAUGUUUAUGUUUAUAUAGUCUGUUUAUAUAGUCUGUUUUUCCUGGAUAAACUACCUCCCAGGAGCCAGGUUUUCAAUUCCUCUAUUUCACCAAGUUCAAAGUGCUGGGACCAAAAUCAGAAGAUUGGCGGACAUCCCCCUCUCCAGGCUUUUUUUUUUGUGGUGGGAGGAGUAGGAGGUGGGUUAGCACAUGGCUGUGUUCUUCAGAGGAGACACACCCCUCUCAUGCCUCCAUCCUCCAGAGCAAAACCUUGAAGACUCCCGUAGGGAUAUUGGCAGUCAAGGGUCGAUCCUUCACAGCCACCUUGAUGAAUCAGUUACCGAGGGCUGACUGUGUUGUCAGUCCCUGCUGUGUCCCAGUUCAGCAGCAACACCCCACAUUGCCAGUGACUGUCUCCUCCUCACUCUUGCUCUCCCCUUACCACUGCUGCAGACAUGGAAUAUGGCAGAACUGCAUCUUCUGAAUGCUUUGACAUAUAGAGAUAUAUACACAUAUAUUAAUGUAUAGGGAGAUUGUAAUCAAAAACAUAGCUUCAUCAGGCUGAGACGUUAACAAGUGUUAAUUGUGUUCCUUCA